GCUGCGGCCGCUCCGCCGCCGGGAGAGGCCCCGCCCCGCCGCCGGGCUCCAUGUACCCCAGGAUGAAUGAAAUGAACUUGAGUCCUGUAGGGAUGGACCAGCUGACCUCGUCCUCUGUCGGCAAUGCCCUGCCUGUCUCAGGGAGUCACCUGGGAUUGGCAGCAUCACCCACUCACAACGCCAUACCAGCACCAGGUUUGCCGGUUGCAAUUCCAAACUUGGGCCCCUCCUUGAGUUCCUUGCCCUCUGCUCUGUCUCUGAUGCUCCCAAUGGGUAUUGGGGAUCGAGGAGUGAUGUGUGGUAUACCAGAGAGAAACUACACCCUACCUCCACCGCCAUACCCUCACCUGGAGAGCAGCUACUUCAGACACAUUCUACCUGGUAUCUUAUCUUAUUUGGCUGACAGACCUCCGCCUCAGUACAUCCAUCCCAACACUAUAAAUGUUGAUAGCAAUCCAGCAUUGUCAGUGCCCAGCAAUCCCUCAGCCCUGGACCCCUACCAGCCCAGUGGAACCGUGGGGCUGGAACCAGGGAUCGUACCCAUGGACUCCCGCGCAGUCAAUGCGCACGGUGCUCAAAACAUGCAUCCUGGCGACAGCCACGAGGUAGCUCUGGAUAGUACAAUCACUAUGGAGAGCGUUUCGAGGGUAACCAGCCCCAUCUCUACGGAUGGGAUGACAGAGGAGCUUACAAUGGACAAUGUAGCCAGGGAUCAUUCGCAGAUCCCAAAUGGCUCCCGGAGCCAUGAACCUUUGGCCGUAGACACGGUGGGAAGCAACUUGACGCCAGACGCAGUGGGGCACGGCGGUGUCAUCCCCAUUCACAGCAGCACUUUGGAACUCCCUGUCGUCAUGGAGCCCGACCACAUCGCUGGGCGGGUGGCAGGGAUGUCGGACAGCACACUAAAUGACUCCAUUCAUACCGUGGCCAUGAGCACCAACUCUGUGAGCGUGGCACUCUCUACCUCACACAACCUCGCUUCCCUGGACUCGGUAGCCUUGCACGAAGUGGGCCUCAGCCUCGAGCCAGUGGCGGUGUCUUCCAUAAAUCAGGAAGUAGCCAUGGGGCCGGGUCACGUGGAUGUGUCCGCAGACAAUCUUGCCUUCGUACCGUCCUCUCUGCAAAUGGAAGACUCCAAUUCAAACAAGGAGAACAUGGCAACCUUGUUUACCAUAUGGUGCACGCUGUGUGACAAGGCGUAUCCAUCAGACUGCCCUGACCAUGGACCUGUCACCUUUGUCCCAGACACCCCAAUAGAGAGCCGAGCCAGGCUUUCUCUCCCUAAGCAGCUUGUCCUACGGCAGUCUCUCAUGGGAGCUGAAGUGGAUGUUGGUCUUCUACUGAUAGGUGUGUGGACACGAGAAACCAUUCCUGUAAGAACUUGUUUUGGACCUCUGAUUGGGCAGCAGAGCCAUUCUCUGGAGGUGGCUGACUGGACAGACAAAGCAGCUAGUCACAUCUGGAAGAUCUAUCACAAUGGUGUCCUAGAGUUCUGCAUCAUUACAACUGAUGAAACUGAAUGUAACUGGAUGAUGUUUGUACGCAAAGCCAGGAACCGGGAAGAGCAGAAUCUGGUGGCUUAUCCUCACGAUGGAAAAAUUUACUUUUGCACCUCUCGGGACAUCCCACCUGAGCACGAGCUUUUCUUUUAUUACAGUCGGGACUACGCACGGCAGCUUGGUGUCCCUGAACAUCCGGACGUGCACAUCUGCCACUGUGGAAAGGAAUGUGCUUCCUAUGCGGACUUCAAGGCCCAUUUGAGCAGCCAUAUUCACAGCCACCUCCCCAGUCAGGGCCACAGCAGCAGCCACGGGCCAGGCCACGGCAAGGAAAGGAAGUGGAAGUGCUCCAUGUGCCCCCAGGCUUUUAUCUCCCCUUCCAAGCUCCACGUCCACUUCAUGGGGCACAUGGGCAUGAAGCCACACAAGUGCGAUUUCUGUAGCAAAGCUUUCAGUGAUCCCAGCAACUUACGCACGCACCUCAAGAUACACACAGGUCAGAAGAAUUAUCGGUGUACCCUCUGUGACAAAUCGUUCACCCAGAAGGCUCACUUGGAAUCACACAUGGUCAUCCACACCGGGGAGAAGAAUCUGAAGUGUGAUUACUGCGAAAAGCUGUUCAUGCGGAGGCAGGACCUCAAGCAGCACGUACUUACCCACACACAAGAACGGCAGAUCAAGUGCCCCAAGUGUGACAAGCUGUUUCUGAGGACAAAUCAUCUGAAGAAGCAUCUCAACUCACAUGAAGGAAAGAGGGACUAUGUCUGUGAAAAAUGCACCAAGGCUUAUCUAACCAAAUAUCACCUCACUCGCCACUUAAAAAUAUGUAAAGGCCCCACAUCCAGUCUGUCAACCCCAGAGGAGGAAGAGGAGGAUUCAGAGGAGGAACUGAUAGACUCACUGAGGACUGAGGACUGUAGGAUUAACAAUGGAGUCUACUCAACUGGUGAUGCCCUCACGGGACACAAAUGAAGAAAAGGGAAAUUCUCAUGGAUGUUAAAACGGGGGAAGGAAGAAACUACAGCUCUCUUCCUUGUUUCCCCAGUCAACAGCAUAUGUCAAAUGAGGAGUAUUCCUUUCAUUCUGGUCUCCCCACUACCACCACUGAAUAAACUCCAGCCAAAACACUGAAUGAGAAUGGAUCAUGUGCUUCAGACUGAACAGUUGCUUGAAAGGAAAUAUGAGGAACAGAUUUUUCCACACAUGCUGUGCAUACUCAGAUAACCCACUCUGUGCUAGGAUACAUAACACGCCUUGCAUUAUCCUUGAGGGAAGAGCCACAACCCAGAGAUGUAGUUGAGUAACAGCCAUGACCUGUAAGCCAUCUUUUCCUUAACUGCCACAGUCCUGACAGCAAGAAAAACAAACAAGACAAAAAAAAAUGGUGGUAGCAGUUAGUUGUAUUUAUCUUUUUAAUACCUGUUAACUGAAGGAUGUGGUUUGGCACAGAGCAAAGAAUGUCAAUGCUCAGGGCUCCUUCUAAAAAAAAUAAUGCUUUGGUUUGGAGGCAGUGGAAUCAACAGUUGUAGAUAAAGCAAUUAUCCCAGUACAGCAGUGUUCAGAAAACCAAAAAGGGGCUAUUUGUUAUUACCUUCUCUCACUCAGAUUCACGAGAGCAUGUUGUGAAGAAGUAAGGACUGUACAGACCAGUAGGGAAGAAGCUUACAGGUGAUCAGACAGCGUUUACAGUACAUCCUUGUGUGCUGUAAACCUUUUACCACUUAAAAAGAGAUGGGAGGGUUUGCUGCUAAUACUAUUUAUGGAAUGAAAAUGGAUUUCAUUCACUUGUUUUCUUUUGGAAAAAAAUUAAAAAUGUGGCUCUUUUCUAAUGUUCUUUUUAAAUAUUUAAGCAUUCUGGGAAAAAAAAAAAAAACAACCAGCACUUUUUUCCCCCCAUCAUCUGCCUGUCUCAAGCAUUCCUGGGACAAGGCAGGGGCAGCAGUGCCUCCAUAAAGAGAAGACUAACAACUUGUCUCUAAACCUUGAAGGUUGGUUUUGUGGCUUGUUUGUCUCUGCUGUAAGUGGGGGGACAGUGAGCUGAACUCUUCCCUGACAAGGUGCUUGGUUAUCCCUGUUAGAUUCUUGCCAUAAACAGCCUCAUUUCAGUUGUA